ACUGUGAGAAACAGAGAGUAAAGGAUAGGUAGGAAGGGGGGAAGGGGAUAACACGAAAGAGUUCAUUUUUGGGGUGGAGAGAUGGGAGGAGGAGGGAUGCUAAGCAAUGCCUUUCGCUCCGGCGUUGGAGGAGCGCAAGAUGCUCUCUCUAGGUCCUUCACUACCAUUAACAAUAAGCCCACCUCUGACAUCCUCUCUCUUUCGUCCUCUUCGUCUUCUUUUGCUUCUACUCCACUCAACCUUCCCGUGUCGGCAACUUCCCCUACUGUGCCAAACUGGGCUUCUUGUGCUUCUUCCUACUUAUGUAAUAGUGAUAGGUGGGAAUUGGAAUCUGUCAAUGAAGAUGAGCAGGAUAGAGGAAGCUUGGUUUUUGAUAAUUAUGUUUUUGGUGCUGUUCCUUCUCUGGACGAAGUAGAAGAUGCCGUCUCCUCUCUCAAACGGAUCAUUGCUCCAGCCUUAUAUUCACAGUUCUUUGAAGAUAGAUUGGACAAGGACAUACCUGAUCGUGUUGCAGAUCCAGCCAGGUCAGAGUUGGUUGGGAUUGAAUCCAACCUCCAUCUUUACAAUCCAAAACUGUCUCAAUCUCAUCGGUAUGGAUGGGUUUAUGAAGCUUUCCAUUUACUGCAGACACAGCCAUCUAUUCAGAGAAUGGUCACUUCAUUAUCUUCUGAUAAAGCAGUCUGGGAUGCUGUCUUGAACAAUGAGGUGGUGAAGAAGCUGAAGGAGUCAUUGUGCAUAGCUGAAGAUUCUAGUUCACCGAGUUCUGAUGGAAGUCCAGACAUAGCAGCUAGCAUACUGAAGUGGAUAUUAGACCACACUAAGGCAAAAGUUAUGGAACUGAUUGAAAAGCUUACGAAGCUUGUGAAUGACGUAUUUGAAUGUCCGCAGAAGGAGAAUAACACAGCAGCAAACACAGAUCGCUUUGAAGAUAGGUUAAGGAGCUCGCUUAUGCUUUCCAUUUUGGUUCUUCUUAUUGUUGUUGUGACUCGAUCCCUCAGGGAUUAAUCUGUUGCUUCCAUAAUCCCAUGAUCAAGACAUAAAUUAAGAAUUAAUAUAAUGUAUUAUAAGAAAAAUACAAGCAUAGCUGCAGCCAUAGAGAUGAACGCCAGUAAGCCAAACUGGAACUUCUCUUCCAUACGCAACCCUAAUAGCAAGAGUGAUUUGCAGUGUUAUUGCUAGGGUAUAUAGACUAGAGAGCAGAGACCAAUCUCAUAUAUAGCAUUAGGCCUCUUAAACCCAUUAUAGGAAGGCAAUUUAUCAUACAUAUGGAUUUCCUUGUUGAACUCAAGGAUAGAAUUUAGUGUUUGUGUACUUAUUGGGAGUAUAAUUGGACCAUUUAGGGAACUCCUAACAUAAUCAUCAUUUGACAACAUGAAACUUGGGAGUUAAAUUGCAUCGCCUACUUUAUUUUGUAUGAUGCCUUGGUUUUCUUUGCAUUUUGUAUCCCCUUCACUUGGGUUUAGUCGAGUACCUGUUUGAAGGUUGGUUACUUGAUCAAUUCCUCUCAAAGUGCAUCGGUGUUUGGUUUGCAUCAAUUUCCUCGCUUUUCAAGAAGUGUGGUUUUGACCCUAUUGACUCCUCCGUGGGUUUGUUUUUUACCCUUAUGUGGUGGGGUCUAUCAUGUAAUGGCAAAUAGGUCCUUGAACUUGAAAAUAUAUAUAUAUGACAUUGUUUGUUACUGUA